AUGCCAGUAGUUCCGAGUGAAAGAGGCAUCAAUAUCUACUCCCGCCAGGCAUACGUCCAGCAGGCUGAAUUGUCAGACUCGGACGACGACGACAAUAACGACAACCACGAUGAAUUCACCCACGACGAUGCCUCGGAUGGACCCAUAGACGAUCCUCAUCAACAACCAAAGAUCAUUGCUCCUCAUCUGUCCCACAUCCCAUACAAGACAAACAAGAGCAGGAAACCCGCCAGUCAUCUCCUAUUCAAAAAACAGGAUCUCCAACGAGUUGCAAACCAUGGAGUCAAAUUGGUGCCCGUCAAAUUGGAUUUGGAAGUCGAUGGCAUCAAACUCAAGGACCAAUUUACUUGGAAUGUUCAUGAAGCCCACAUCACUCCAGAACACUUUGCAAACAUGCAGGUUCAGGACAUGGAUGUUCCAGAAGCUGUUGCCAAACAAUUCGCACCAAUGAUUGCUAGUGCCAUUCGUGAACAAAUCAGAGAGCUGGCUACUGCUGUAGAAGAUGAAGACGCUCAUUAUCAAGUUGAUGAUACUGAGCGUAUUAUUGUCAAGCUGGAUUUGAACGUUGGAAACCUCCACUUAACAGACCAGUUCGAAUGGCCACUCUUCGCAACUUCUCAUUCAUCACCAGAAGAUUUUGCCAAACAAUUAUGUGCAGAUCUCGGUAUCGGUGGUGAAUUCCAACCUGCUAUAGCCCAUUCGAUACGUGAGCAAGUUGCUCAUGCUCGUCUGGCAUUCGAGUCGGCUCCCAAGCCUCUGCCUUUUGACCGACUUGUAUCUGCACCUGUUCGUAAUGAGGGUACUGAAGUGUUAUGGCAGCCUACUUUGCAGGAAUUGACUGAAGAGGAUAUCGAGAGGUUGUCAAAGGAGAAGGAACGCGAGAACAGACGAGCACGACGAAACCAAGCUCGAGUCACUCGAACAACAACCAAUUCAAUGGCCGCAGCCAUGACCAACUCUGCCUUCGACAAUAUGAGAGCAACCCGAAACCGUAUGAUGAUGCCUCCUCAAAAAGUCCCCUACCAAAACUAUAUGCCCAAUGAAGAAGAGUUACGUAUUCAAAGGGAACACGUCCACAAAUACCUGCCGACUCCAUCCCCAGGUCUCGACAUGCAAGAGCAUCCUAUUAUAAACAACACGUCAUCACCUAUGCCCAUUUCGUCGUCAGUUGACAGAAAUGGUCCAGUACAACCAUUACAAGAUGAAUCAGCCCACCACCAUCACCAUCAUAUACACCAGCAGCAACAACAGAAUGAGAUGAUAAUGCCACCGAAUUUUGGCUUACGUCAACCGAAUAAUAACAACGGUACCAUACAACAACAACAAACACAGCAACAACAAUCGGCCUCAUCAUCUCAACCAAUGGCCUAUUUCCAAUUCCAGCAAUCACCAUUUGCACCCUUCUCCCCAUCAUAUCCAUCUCCACCACUGCAAUACGGAGGCCUGUCACUGAUUCCAUCCAUGUUUGGAAACAUGAACGGAUCACUCCCUCCCCAGCUCUUGCACAUGCCAAUGAAUCCUUACACUAUGUCGCAACAAGCCUCAAUACACGAUGCUGCAUUAAUGCAACAACAGUCACAUUCUCAACACCAUCAACAAUUGGGACCACCUAAACCCAAAAAGAGCAACAAGAGAGCAUCACCUAUUCCCGUUGAUACUGAAUUGUUGGCUCGACAGUUGGUAUUGCUGACUGCUAGCAACAAUGGGCAUGGACAUGGUGGACAGUCGAGUGGUGGGUCUGCGACACCCAGUCCUACCAAGUUUGAUGCUGAUGGUGCACCGCUGAAGAAACAUCGUGGGUUUGGUGCUAGUGCGCAAAUGUUUAAUGCCGAUGGAAGUAUUGAAGUUGGAGAAUUCCGUAAAAACUGGAAAUGUAGCUGGUGUUUCUUGUCUGGCAAGUUCACGCCAACGCUGCGUAAAGGUCCUCUUGGAAGCAAGACCCUUUGCAACGCCUGCGGUAUUUGGUUUAGCAAACACGGUAGUCUUCCACAGGAGAGGUACCAUGAACAUUAUGAUGUUUGA